AUGCUCCGAUGGGGUAUGGAUCUGCUCACGGGCUAUAAGCAUCCAAAAGCUGGGGGCAAGGUCCUUAGCAGCGCCAAUAAUCAAAUGACAGGGGAGAAGUGGAUGCGACGUUUCAUCCAAGCGAGCGCGGCAGGCGUUCCAGGUAUGGUUGGAGGGAUGUUGCGACACCUCAAAUGCCUGAGGUGCAUGAAGAGAGGCAACGGCUGGAUCGAAACGCUACUUGAAGAGGCAUUCAACGAGCGCGUGCGUUUACUCACGUUCGUCAGCCUGAACAAGCCGGGGCUAGGUAUGCGACUUGUGGCCAUUUCACUUAAGUUCUGCCAUUGCUUUAUCGGAUGGUAUGUUGAAGAGGAAGCAGUGCUUACAUACAGCCGGGCUAUUGAGGAUAUUGAAGCGGGUAAAUUACCUAAAUGGUCAAAUGUAGUAAUGCGUGAUAUCGUAAUUCGAGCUAAAGAAGCAAAACCCAGAGAGAUGAACCAUACUCUCGGUAACCUCGACCAGCAGCAAGACCUAAAUCCCGUUACAAUAAAGUGGGUUGACUCAGUGGGGCUAUACGCAGCAAGGGGUAUUCAAAGUCUAAAGCCCACAGGAUGGGAGAGCAAUGAUAUUGUAUAA